AUGUCUCGAUUCUUCCACGGCGACAGCUCAAGCGAGAGUUCCUCUGAUGAGGAGGAAUUGUACAGCGGCGAUGAGGCCGAGCCCAAGCCAGAGGCCGAAUCUUCUUCUGAAGACUCCGAGGAAGACGAUGAUGACGACGACGAUUCCGACUCCAGCGACGAAGAUGGAGCCAAAGGGACAGGUGCCAGCCGCUUCUUGCGCGACGAAUCGGACGACUCCGAAGAGGAGGAUGAAGACAAAGUCACAGUGGUCAAAUCAGCAAAGGACAAGAGGUUUGAUGAGCUCGAGGGCAUCAUUCGAUUGAUUGAGAAUGCCGAGAAGAUUAGCGAUUGGGGUGCCAUCAACGACCACUACGAUAAAAUGAACAGGCAACUACCCACCCUAACCCGUGAUCUGGAUGGCAAGGCGCCGAAGAUGUACAUCAAGACUAUUGCGGAGCUGGACACGCAGGUCAACGAGGCAGUGGAGAAGCAGAAGGUCACGCCUAAGAAGAUGAAUCCGAUCGCGGCCAAGGGUUUGACGGCACUGAGGCAGAAGCUCAAGAAGAAUAACAGGGAGUAUACGGCGGAUCUGGAGCUGUACCGAAAGGAUGCCGAUGAGUUCAUGAAGGAGGAUGUAGUGGAAGAGGUCGCGCCUGCGCCCAAGAAGCCAAAAUCCAAGCUUCUGCAGGGUGAUCAGACUCUAGACGCCAAUGACGAUGGUUUCACGAUGGUUGGCGCGGGUGGCAAAGCCAUGGUCUACACUCCCGAGAGCAUUUUGAAGCAUCUACGCACCAUUGUGGAAUCCAGAGGACGCAAGAACACCGAUCGACUCGAGCAGAUCAAGAUUAUGGAGAGAUUAUUGGACGUGGCAGUCUCCGACUACCAGCGUAUUCGCGUGCUCAUCACGUUGAUAGCCACCCGCUUCGAUCUGACUUCCGGUACUGGUUCACAGAUGUCUCAAGAGCAAUGGAAGCUCGCACAAGAGGGCAUCGCACAGCUUCUCGGCAUCCUCGAGUCAAAUGCCGGCAUCAUCGUUAUUGAAGGUGCAGAGGAGUGGGAGGAUGACGAUAAGCAGCCUACAGUCGGACAGGGCGAGGUGUUUAAGGUCCCUGGCUCCGUUGUAUCCUUCGUUGAGCGCCUUGAUGAUGAGCUCACCCGUGUGCUGCAAAGCAUCGACCCUCACACCGCUGAAUACGUCGAGCGAUUACAGGACGAGGGCUCGCUAUACAUCAACAUCGUCCGCGCACAGCUUUAUGCUGAGCACCUCAAGGCAGACGAGAAGCUCAACGCAUCUCAGGAGAACAUCAACCGUGUUGUCAUGCGCCGCCUGGAGCACCUCUACUUUAAGCCAUCGACCGUCAAUCAGACACUGGAAGAGAACACCUGGAAGGCUGUGCCCGAGAAGCUCGAUUCCAAGGUUUCGCCGCGCUCGGUCGGCGAUGUCCAGGAUCUCGUCCAAGUCCUUGCGGUGUAUUUGUUCAACAAGUCUGAGGGUAUCCUCCGUGGCCGCGCCAUGCUGUGCCAGAUCUACUUCCUCUCUCUCCACGAUCAAUACUACAAGGCUCGCGAUAUGAUGCUCAUGUCACAUCUGCAAGACACAAUCGCCAGCUUCGACGUCAACACUCAAAUUCUUUUCAACCGCACACUCACGCAAGUAGGCCUAUGCGCUUUCCGCGCCGGCCUUGUCUACGAAUGCCAGACCACUCUACAAGAUAUCUGCGGCUCACAGCGCCAAAAGGAGCUGCUCGCGCAAGGUCUACAAAUCCAACGUUACUCUCAGAUCACACCCGAGCAAGAGCGUCUGGAGAGGCAACGACAACUUCCCUUCCACAUGCACAUCAACCUCGAACUCCUCGAAUGUGUCUACCUCACCUGCUCCAUGCUCCUCGAGAUCCCUACACUUGCACAAGCUGGCUCCUCCCCCGACCUCAAGAAGCGCGUUAUCUCGAAAUCCUACCGCAGGAUGCUCGAGUACCAUGAGCGCCAGAUCUUUACCGGCCCACCAGAGAACACCCGCGAUCACGUCAUGCAGGCGUCGAAAGCUCUGGCUGCAGGCGAGUGGAAGAAGGCGGCUGACUUCAUCACGUCGAUCAAGAUCUGGGAUCUGCUACCGAAGAGCGAGGAGAUGAAGCAGAUGCUUGAGCAGCAGAUUCAGGAAGAGGGUCUCCGGACGUACCUCUUCACCUACGCGCCUUUCUAUGAUACCCUUUCUGUUACGAACUUGGCGGGUAUGUUCGAUCUCAAGGAGCAGAAGGUGACGGCCCUUGUGAGCAAGAUGAUCCACCACGAAGAGCUUGCUGCAGCACUCGACCAAGUCAAUGGCGCUAUCAUAUUCAGGAAGGGCGUUGAGCUCUCUCGAUUGCAGAGUCUCGCUCUCACCAUGGCGGACAAGGCACAGAAUCUUAUUGAGUCGAAUGAGAGGGUGCUGGAGCAGAGGACACAGGGCACAUCGAACGCCUUCGAGAGGCAACCCCAACGAGGGCGUGGCGGCGGACGUGGAGGUCGUGGAGGAAGAGGCGGUGCUGGACAGUUCCGUGGUCGUGGCGGUGGGAGCGGGUUCACAGGUGGUGCGUUGGGAAAUGCGAUCAGAGCGCAGUAG